AUGAAGCAGCGCAGAGGCCGCGAAGCUGCCCGUCGAUUAAAUACCGCCAAGUCUACACCGUCUUCCCCGCCAAGCAUCCCCGCAAGCACACCCUCCUUCCCCCCGGGCCUCACCAGCCUCGCGCUUCUCUCCGCUCCCCGCCGCCGCAAAGACCCCCUCGCGGAUGCCGCCCAAUCGAAGCGCCGGAGCUCGCGCCAGCGCGCUUCGGGGGAGUGCCGCUUCGCCGCGCUUAUGGCGACGAAUCUCGUUAUAGCGGCGGGCUCCUCCGCCCUCGCAACCGCCCUCGAUACAAUGCCACAGUGGGGUCCAUACCUCUCCGCGUGGCUCGCCUCGCUUUCCUCCACCUCCCUGCGCCCCGGCCUAUUCCUCUUCGCCUUAGGAGGCGGCUAUCUCGGUCUUAACUCCCUAAACGACCCCUCCGUCAUUUCCGCUGCCACCUCCCCGUCGUCGCGUGCGGUUUCCGCUCCCGUGUCGCUCCUCAAGCUAUUUUCCAAUGGCGAACUUGAUAGACCCGUCGACGACGGCUUUUCCGCUAGUGACGGGUUUUCCUCGGGCGCCACGGGGUUAGGAGGCGCCGCGGCGAGUCUCCACGGCGUGGUGAAUUUUAACUUCGUCGUGGCCAUGGCGGCGCUGCUCAGCGCCUCGGGGCUGUGCUGCGCCGCGCUGCUCACGCACGGGCUGGGCGGGCGAAUGAGGUACCGCCACCUGGCGUGGAUGUUCUGGCAGCCGUUCGUGGGCGGACUGCGCUUCGUGCUCAUGCAGGCCAUGGCAUGGACGCUCUUCUCCUUCUCGCUGCUCAUCUUCUCGUCGGUCGCGGUGGUGGCGGCGUUCGUGGGGCACACGACGCUGGGGUACGGGCUGCUCGCAUCCGCGGGCGCCACGGGGCUCGCGUCCGAGUUCCUGCUCAUGGCCUCGCUCCUCACCUUCGAAUGCCCCUCCCGCCACGCCUCCGCUGCUUCUGCGCGCGCUACCGCUACCGCUGCCGGUACCGCUACUGCUGCUGCUGCCGCUGCCGCUUCCUCUACAGCUGCUGCUGCCGCUGUGGAUGAGAGCAGCAGCAGCAGUGCCGUCAGCAGCAUCAAAGGCUCCGCUGCGGCGCUGCCACCACUGCUCCUGUCACCUCCUCCUCCUCCUUCGCUCCCUGCUCCGCCUGCUCUUGCCGCAGCGGAGGCAGCUGAAAUAGAAACAGAAGCAGAAGCAGAAGCAGAAGCAGAAGCAGAAGCAGAAGCAGAAGCAGAAGCAGAAGCAGAAGCAGAAGCAGAAGCAGAAGCAGAAGCAGAAGCAGAAGCAGAAGCAGAAGCAGAAGCAGAAGCGGUGGCGGAAUCAGAGGGCGUUGCACCGACCGUGACGGAGAGGGCGUGCAGGGGCGGCGGCAGCGUGCAGGGGAGCGUGGGGGGCGUGGCGUGGCGCGCAGUGGCGGUGCGGCCGGCGCAGUGGACGGCGAGAGAGCUGUUCGUGGCGACGAGGAGCGCGAGGGAGGUCGCGGGGGCCGCCGUGCGAGGGGUGAUGCGAGGGGUGAUGGGGGGAGCGGUAGAGACCAUUCCAGGCAUUGCGGUGGGGCGGAGAGGGGGAGAAGGACAAGGGGGAGGGCGGGUGUUGCUGCGGAAGGUGGGAGGCGAUGCGAUGGAUACGGCAGUGGAGCAGGAUGGUGAUGGGAGGGAUGGCCGCAAUGAUAGACACAGCAGCCGCAGCAGCAGCAGCAGCAGCAGGAGCAGGGCGUGUGAUUCAGCUACGAGCAGCACAUGCGACGAGUUGUCACUGAGUGCAUGCGAGGUGCUGUGGUGGGUGGGAGUGAAGGCUCGGAGCACCACCAUUGUGGCAGGCCUCUACUGCUGGCAAUACUGCGUUGCUGCUGCCCUGCUCGCCCCUAUCCUGCUCCUAAACGUUCUACCCUCCCACCCCUGCACCACCAACAGCAGCAACACCCAACAACAAAUGCCACAGGAUAACACUAACUGCAGUUACAACCACAGUGACAGUCACAGCAGUGUGUACAGCUGUGGGUUCAGUGCGAUGAGCAGCAGCGCCGCAGUGGUGUGUGGGCUGCGCACGGCAAGUGCGGCACUGCUAACAGCCAUGGCGUGGGCGUUUGCUUACUGCGUGAUCUGCCCCGGGGGAUACGAGCGGUCGGGGAGGGGAGAGCGCAAGUGGGUGCAGAGAAUAGUGAUGCCGCUAUUGGAGGAAGCAGCAGCGGCAUAUUUCCAUGGCAUCACCAUUGUGAAGGAGGGCGCAUGGUGGGCCGCACAAGGCACGGGGGAGAAAAAACUGACGCAUGAGGGGCACGAUAAGCAAGAAGAGGAGGAGGGUUGCAAGAAGGAGGAGGAGCAGCGAUUAGGGAGUGGAGAGGAGUGCGUGGAGGGGAAGGCCACUGCUGCAUCCCCUUCGCGCCCACUCAUAUUUACCUAUCACCCGCAUGGGCUGAUGCCAGCAGUGAUGGCAUGGUUCCCGCUCUCCUCCGCCUUCCGUGCUCUCUUCCCUGCCACGCGCCCCGUGCCGCUCGUCGCCUCCGUGUGCUUCCGCAUCCCCCUCGCGCGCACCUACUGCCUGUGGGGUGGCGUGCGCGAGGUGUCACGCCAAGGCUUCCUCACAGCGCUCAAGGACACUGGCGCUGCUGUGCUCUGCCCUGGCGGCCAGUCGGAGCUAACAUACCACGCCACCAACCAGUCAUCGUGCAUCGCGCUGUGUGCGCGCAAGAUCGGCUUCGUGCGCAUCGCAGUGCAGAGCAACGCCCUGCUCGUGCCCACGCUCAGCUUCGGCGAGCCCCACUCCUUUGACAACCUCUUCCACUGGCCCUCCCUGCAGCGGUUCACCUACCGGAGAUUCGGCUUCCCUAUCCCCUUCUGGCCGGUCGGCUUGUUCGGCUGCCUUCCUCUCCCUCGCGACCGGCCCAUGACUCUGGUCAUGGGCCGCCCUUUCGAUCCUCGCUCGCUCAUCCCCACAGUCAACUCUGAAGACCCAUCGUACGAAGACCUGUGCGCGAUCCGGGAUUAUUAUUAUGCGGAGGUCAAGGCUCUCUUUGACCGGCACAAGGCGAUUCACGGCUUCCCACACCUGACCCUAGAGCUGCGCAAGUAG